AUGGGGACCUCGGCUGGGGCUCUGUCCUCCCUCCUGCUGGGAAUACUGCUCACAUCCACCCCGGGGGCCCUGGGUGCCAACCCUGGCCUGGUCGCCAGGAUCACCGACAAGGGCUUGGAGUAUGUGGCCCAAGAGGAGCUGGUGGCUCUGCAGAGUAAACUGCAUGAUGUCACACUGCCCGACUUCAGCGGGGACGCCAAGAUCAAAUACCUCGGCAAUGCGCACUAUGAAUUCCACAGCCUGAACAUCCACAGCUGUGAGCUGCUCGGCUCUGCUCUGAAGCCCCUCCCCAGCCACGGCCUGCAUUUCUCCAUCUCCGACUCCUUCAUCAGAGUCAAGGGCAAGUGGAAGGUGCGCAAGCGGAUACUGAAACUAGAUGGCUCCUUUGAUGUGACAGUCAAGGGCAUCACCAUUUCAGUCAAUCUUCUCUUGGGCAGCGACCCCUCUGGGAGACCCAAGGUCGCUGUUUCUAGCUGCAGCAGCGACAUCCGUGAUGUGGACGUGCACAUGUCGGGAGAUUUGGGGUGGCUGCUGAAUCUCUUCCACCAUCAGAUCGAGUCCAAGUUCCGAAGAGUAUUGGAGAGCAAGAUUUGCAAAAUAAUCCAGAACUCGGUGACCUCUGACCUACAGCCUUACCUCCAAACUCUGCCAGUCACCAUGGAGAUGGACAUUUUCGCUGGGAUUGAUUACAGCUUAAUGGAGGCCCCUCAGGCAACAGCGGAAAUACUGGACGUGAUGCUUAAGGGUGAAAUUUUUAGCCGUGAUCACCGCUCCCCGGUUGCCUUCCUUGCUCCUGUCAUGAGCCUUCCAGAAGAACACAGCCGAAUGAUCUACUUUGCCAUCUCUAAUUAUGUCUUCAACACCGCCAGCCUAGUUUAUCACAAAGUGGGAUACCUGAACUUUUCCAUCACAGAUGACAUGGUUCCGCCUACUUCUCACAUCCGACUGACCACCAAGUCCUUCCGCGCCUUCUGCCCCCGGUUAGCCAGACUGUACCCCAACAUGAACUUAAUGCUCCAAGGCACAAUGGUCUCUGCCCCGUUCCUGAACUUCAGCCCUGGGAAUCUGUCCUCAGCUGCCCAGAUGGAGAUUGAGGCCUCUGUGCUCCUGCCCAACUCCGUCAAGGAGCCCGUCUUCCGGCUUGGUGUGGCCACUAAUGUGUCUGUCAUGUUGACCUUCAACACCAGCAAGAUCACUGGAUUCCUGAAGCCAGAAAAGAUACAAGUGGAACUGAAAGAAUCUAAAGUUGGAGUAUUCAAUGUGGAGCUGUUGGAGGCGCUGCUCAAUUACUACCUUCUCAGCACCCUCUACCCCAAGGUCAAUGAUAAGUUGGCAGAAGGCUUCCCGCUCCCUCUGCUAAAGCGUAUUCAGCUCUAUGACCCUGUUCUCCAGAUCCACAAGGACUUCCUGUUUUUGGGCACCAACGUCCGGUACCUGAGAGUUUGAGGACAGGGCGAAAGACAGGGCUUGGGGGCCACAGCUGGAUUGCCAAGUUGCAUUUCCAGAUGUGCAGCGUAUUCCUGGAGAUUCUGGG